CAGGGGGCCGAAGGGGGCCGCGAUCCCUCCCGCUCACCCCGUGUCCCCCGUUGCCAUGGAGACGGCGCAGCGUGUAGUCAGGGCGCGGGCGUCGCAGCGCGAUGACAUCACGGCCCGGGACGGGGCUGGCGUUGCCUUGGUGACGGGGACGCAGCUAGCGGAAGGGGGCAGGGGCUGCGGGGGCUCCAGCCGGCUCGAAAAUGACGUCCCGGGACCGUGUGCCUCUCUCCAAGUCACGGGCGGAGAAGUCACGCCCCCCCACGGUACCCAUCCCUCAAGUGGAUAUCAUUCCAGGGCGCCUCUCUGAGUCGGAAUGGAUCUCCCUGGUCACCAUGGAGGAAGGAGAGGAUGGAGUGGGGGAUAUCCUGGCAGGGAUGAUAAACCAAGUGAUGGAUGAGUGCUAUAAAGUGUACCUGGCUCGGCAGUGCAUCCCAUUCACCGUCAGCCAGGCACGGGAUGCCAUCCUGCAGAUUGCCGAAUGGCGCUUCCUGGCGCGGGAUGAGGGGGAGGCCACCGUGGAAGAAGAUGCCACCUGGCAGGAGGAGGAGGAGCCAGUGGCCUGUGUCACAGACUCGUGGGCACAGGGCUCAGUUCCCGUUAUGCGAACCAGUCUGACCCUGUUACCACAGGGGAGAGAGGUGUCUUUGGACAAACUCCCCGAGGAAACACUUUCCCAUGAGGAGACGCGGUUCUACACAGGAUCCCCCGAGGUGCCAGCAGGCACCCUGUCAGAACAGCCUUCUCAGGAGGAGGGGGUCAAGUCUGCAAAGUCAUCCAGGCCCCAGAAUCUGCUUUCCCAGCCAGCCCCAGCCCCAGCCCCAGCCCCACCCCCCUUGCCUAAGACCAGAAAAGCAUACAGGCCCCAUCGAGGACUGCUGCACUCAGCCAGCCUUAAGAGCAUGGCCAGGCCCCUACAGGAGACUGAGAAGGAGCUGCUCCGGCAGCAGCUCUCACAGACCCUGCCUGAGGAAUCACCACAGGAGGAUCUUUGCAGCCUUCACCAGCUCCUGCCCAUGUCCUGCAGCAACCUGCUGAAGAUCCAGACGGGCAGGCCCCCCAAGAUCAAGGACGUGAUGUACAAUGAGUUUGGUUCAGUCAUCGCCAUGCCCAAGCUGGACCCAGCCCAUCUACCCAAGUGCUGGAUCAAGCCCCAGGUGGAGGUGCUGGAUCCAGAUGUUGAGGCCAAGCGGCAGGAAGUUCUCAAAACCGUCUCUGGGCGUGGCCAGAGGAGUACGAAGUCCCAUCGCCAUGCAGCCCAAGGGCCAGGGGUGGGAGAGCUCACUAGCACUAAGCUGCUCCAGGACACGGGACCCAUGCAGAGUGGUGGGCUGGCCCAGGCUUUCUGUCAGAGCCACGCAGACAAGAGAGCACAGCAUUUGCCUUCCAAAGGGAAAAGCCUUGAACCCAGCAGCCAUGUCUACUGGAAGCCCAGCAACCUGCUGGACUCCAUUGAGCUGGCCCCAGGAGUGGCAAUCAGGGACAGCAGCAGUGUGAAGUGUGGGCCCCACCAUGGUGCACUCUAUGAAGAGGGAGGGGAAGGGGUCUUCCGAAGAAAGCUCAGGCCCAUCCGCCCCAGAGUGCCCCUGCCCGCCGUUGCUGUGGAGCAGCUCAUCUGUGAUCACAUGCCCCAGGUCCGGCCAGCAGCUCUGCUCACAUCCCUCAUGUCAUCGGGGCCAGAGCACUUGUAAGUGCAGCAUGCUUCCUGCCCUCCCCUCUGGGACUGGGCUGGUGUGCCGUACCAUCGCACGGCCUGUUACAGAACCCCAGCCUCUCCAGCCAGCGUGGUGUGCAGGGGUGUCUCGCUGCGUGGCUGUGGUAACCUGCUGGUGCGUGUGACGAGGGACCUCCUCAUCUUCCCUGGCUCUUGGUAACAAUAAAUCCCAAGCACCCACAGUAUGAUUCACUUGCCUGCUUUGGUUCCACCUCCCUGCAGACCAGCCCCUCUGACCCAGGAGACCCCAUGGCAUCCGGGGGGACAGCCUGGGCCCCAAGGCUACAGGCCCCCUGGAUGCUAUUAAUUUACCUGUUAUAACCUCGCCCAGCUGCAGCAGGGAUGAUUGCUUAAUGAAAUGUUCCUCCUCUCUCUUUUCUCAGAGUGUCUCCAUAGCCCAGUUAGCAAUAGUCCCAACCCGUGGUCUGUCUGUCCAUCACUGUGGUCCCUGAGCACCUAGCUGUGUGGGUGGGAGCGGAGGAGGGACUGGAGGUUGCGGGCAGGAAUUCAGUUCGCUUCACUGGUUACCAUUCAAACCCUGAGCCCACCCAUGGCAAAGCACAUUGUAUCAUACCAUUCGCAGGGCAUCCUCCACGCAGUGCACAGAACUCCGCUAUGGGCAUGCUGUGGCUGCAACCUGCAAGAGGUCAAAGUCAGGAAAUUCAAAGCUGUGCUUCCUCAUGGACAUGCCUAGGUCCUGGGAGUCUGUACCAGGGUUGGGAAGAGUAACUCUCCCUAGCUUGGGGCCCUGGCCGCCCUGGGGCAUGGGGUAGAUUCGAAAGAGGUUACAAGAUGGUUAAGGAGGAGCCUGGUGCUUCAUGUUGCAGAAUGCAGAGUGAAGGCUGCAGGAGUUUGUGUUUCAUAGAUUUUUAGGGCCAGAAGGGACAGUUCCGAUCAUCGUCUGACCUCCGGCAUAGCACAGGCCACUGGAUUUCACCCAGUGAUUCCUGCAUCACACCUGUAACUCAUGGGUUAGCUAAAGCAGACCUUUUAGAAAGAGCCAUCCAAUCUUGAUUUAAAGACUUAGUGGUGGAGAAUCCACCACAUCUGGACGGAAGUUGUUCCAAUGGUUAAUUACCCUCAGUGUAACAAAUAUGUGCCUUGCUUCUACUCUGAAUUUGUCUAGCUUCAGCUUGCAACCAUUGGAUCUUUUUCUGCCUUUGUCUGCUAUGUUAAAGAGUCUCCUGGUUUCAGAAAUCUCCUCCCCAUGUAGGUACUGCUUGGCUAUGAUCAAGUCUCCUUUUAACAAUCUCUUGGGUAAAGUAAACAGCUCGAGCUUCUUGAGUCUCUGACUGUGAGGCAGGUUUUCCAGACCUCGGAUUGUUCUUGUAGCGCUGUUCUGAACCCUUUCCAAUUUGUCCACAUCCUUUUAAAAGUGUGGAUACGAGAACCGGAGCCAGUAUCAGUUAAUGGUCCCAAUAAUGCCAAUACGGUGGUACUAACAUCGCACUACCUCGACUCAAUAGUCUCCUGCUUAUACCCCCAUGGAUCACGUUUUCUCUGAUAGCCACUGCGUUGUUCUGGGAGCACCUGUUGAGCUGGUAAUCCAUGAUGACACCCAGGUCCCUUUCUGAGUCACCCAUUUCCAAAAUAGAGCCCCCCAUCCAUAAGUGGGAUCUAGAUCUAUGACCUUCCAUGUAGUUGCAUGAAAACAAGGGUAGUUCAAGUGCGUCUGACUUACCAUGGUAUCUAGAUUACUGUGUUGAACUGACCUGUCGUUAUUUAACAGUCCACCAAUUUGUGUGUCAUCUUCAAACCUUCCCAGCAACAAGCUUAUAUUUUUUUCCAGAUCAUUGAUAAAGACCUUGAAUAGCAGUGAAGCAAGAACAGAUGUCAGUGACACCCACUAGAAACACUCCUAUUAGAUCAAAAAGAACAGGAGGACUUGUGGCACCUUAGAGACUAACAAAUUUAUUUGAGCAUAAGCUUUCAUGAGCUAUAGCUCACUUCAUCGGAUGCAUCCACUGCACUGGUGGGUGGGUUGGGGAAGGGCCGUGUUGGCUCAUUUUAAGUCAGACUCUCUUUGAUUUAAAACCAUCUGCAGUCACCCUUAUCAAUCAGAGGCCUUCCCCUUAUCAAAUUAGUUAUUCUUUGGACCAGACUUCCUCCCUACUUUAUUCCUUUUGGCCUUAUAACUCAUUAUUUUCAUGGCCUUCCUUCUAUUUGCUAGUAAGAGCCUUUCUUUACAACACUUUAAUUCUUUAAUUUUAUACUUAUCUUACAUUAGGCGUUUUCAUUCCAUGUGCUCUGGGCUGCGAACUCAGCUGAUGGGAAGAAUCCACUUGCAUGACUCAUCCUCAUGGGGUAGUGAGAGCAGAGUGACAAAGUAUUUUGUCCUCUUUAAUGUCCCUCAGUAGUCCAUUUGGCAUUGAUGGACCUUACCUUUUGGGCAGGACAUAACACCUUCUGUUGGAGACCAGUACUUCACACUACUUCUCCUGUCUGGUGAGUUACACAGUCACAGAGGCUCACAAUACAAAUGCUUAAAUAUCAGCUUGCAAUAUGGGAUACAGAUGUUAUAAGUGAGGCCCUGUCUACACUGGCAAGUUUCUGCGCAGGUAAGCAGCUUUCUGCGCUGUAUCUCCUGAGGUGUACACAGGGCCGUGCCACUGAGAAACUGCGCAGUUGUCGCGCUGUGAAAAACCCACCACGACGAGAGGCGUAGAGCUUCCUGCGCCACGGCUACAGCGCUGCGGUGCCAGCGUAGACACCCUGGUCGAUUACAGCGCUGUGACUGGCCUCCGGGAGGUGCCCCUCAAUGCCUGUUCUCGCCUCUCUGGUCAUCUGUUUGAACUCUAUUGCCCUGCCUUCAGGUGACCAACCGUCAGCCCCACCUCGUACAUUCCUUGGGAAUUUUGAAAGUCCCCUUCCUGUUUGCUCGGUGAUGCGUGCAGUGGUCUCAGCGCAUCUUUCCAGGUGGCCAGGCCUGCUCCACGCACCGGGCGAUCCCCCGCUUGGAGCUAUGCUGAGCUGCUGGACCUCAUCGGCAUUUGGGGAGAGGAGGCUGUCCAGCCCCAGCUCUGCUCCCGCCAUAGGAAUUAUGAUCCCUACGGACAGAUUGCACGAUGUAUGACAGAGAGGGGGCACGACCGGGACACACGGCAGUGCAAGGUCAAAGUGAAAGAGCUGCGGAACGCCGACCACAAGGCGCAGGAGCAAAGAGCUGGACGCGAUACUCGGCGCCAACCCCACCUCCACUGUGAAGGCCACUGUGGAUACUUCGGUGGCUCGCAUGACAGUUGAGAGUGGACCAAGGCAGGAGGAGGAAAUCUUGGACGAGGAU